AUGUCUCAAGAGACUCCCGCAAAGGCCAUGACAUCCUCCCUGAGCAAGCUGCAAAUCCAAAACCAAAAGAAAUCCAAAGCUCCAGAACCAGCCGAGUCCUGGGAAGACGAAGCAGACGCCGCGAGCUCCGGUACCGAGACGCAAGAAGUCUCAAUACCAAUUCGACCGGGCACGUCGGAUUACCCGGAACCUCCGCCUCCCACGCCAUCAUCUCCGGACUCCGCUGCCAAGAGAAGAGAGAUUGAAUAUCAACCCUUUAGCUUUGACGGAGCGUCCUUCUCAGACCCGCCAACAUCCCGCCUCACAGGAGCAGAACGGCGGCCAGAUAAGACCACUUCGGUGGCUUCAAGAUUGAUCGCCGCGGGCAUAGGCCAGAAAGCACCGAAGCGGACGCAAGAGCAGAGAGAAUAUGAUCAGGCGAUGAGGGUGCAGGAGAAGAAGAAGCGGGACCAGGCCAGGGCGGAAGAGGAGAGGAAGAAGAGGGAGAAAGAGCAGGCGCAGAAGGAUAUUUGGGGAGACUGA